AUGCUCUUAAAGGCAGCAACUCCUUUCGACGAUCAUCUGCUGGAAGUAUGGUUGGUUUCCGAUGCGAUGCAAGGACGGGUGCGCAUUGUCGAGUACAGCCAGAGCGGCAUCGGCGAAGAGGCUGCUGUUGGCGGGGGUUGGGAGCAGCGCAUCAUGUCCUCAGAUCCCGCAUCUACUGAUGUCCAUGGCGCUAUGUUGGGCCAUGUGCUGAGAUGCGUACCAUUUUGGAUGAUAUCAACGGUCUUGAGAGAGGGUGAUGAUGGACCAGCGCCAGGCUACCGCUCGAACGGGUCAGGCUUCAGGCUCGUUCCGCAAAGGUCACGCAGGCGUGCCGACGCUUUCAAGAGGACCAUCUCGGCUGGAAGGAUCAAAGACCCUGGCUGA